CAGUUAAAAAAUAUGACUUGUUUGUUAUGAAAUUCAAGUUUUCGUCAAACAGAAAUUUGAGCUGAAUAUACACGAUUGUAUUAUUUGUUCAAACUUACGUCUCCAUAAUAUUUAUCACGUGGUACCUCGUGUGUAAUUAAUUCAGUACACGAGCAUCCCACGACGUUACUUCCAUAAUAUUUUUGCGGAUUAUUAUUAGACGCGUUCAUCGAUAUCACAUUUCCUUUUGCUCGAAAGAAUUAAUAACGCCGCGAAGAGUCCUCGCAAAAGCGCGGAAGACUUGAUCCUUUUCUAAAGCAAAUAUAGGAGGAUAAUAGCGAAGAGAAGAGAGGCGCGUCGGCCGCGCCGAUAGGAACGUUUAAAAAAAAGAAAGUCACGAACGCAUGUGCGACGUGUAGCCCGGGGUAUUCUGGCAUCAUGAACAUCGAUGAAUUUCGCGUGCGCGGCAAGGAGAUGAUCGAGUACAUAUGCGACUACAUCCGCACGCUGGACGGCAAGAGGGUGACGGCGAACGUCGAUCCCGGUUACCUGAGACCUCAGCUGCCGAAGGAGGCACCCUUUAAGCCGGAAUCAUGGGACGCCAUCAUGAUGGACGUCGAUGGCAAAAUAAUGCCCGGAAUCACUCACUGGCAGCAUCCACGAUUCCACGCCUACUUCCCGUCCGGCAACUCGUUCCCCUCAAUCCUGGGUGACCUGUUGUCAGAUGCGAUCGGCUGCAUCGGCUUUUCGUGGGCGGCCAGCCCGGCUUGCACCGAGCUCGAGACAAUCGUGUUGGAUUGGUACGCCAAGGCGAUCAACCUGCCGACCGAGUUUCUGUCGGAGCAAAAAGUCGGCGGCGGCGUGAUCCAGGGUUCAGCCUCCGAGUGCAUCCUGGUGACGAUGCUGGCGGCGCGUACGCAGGUUAUCAAGAAGCUGAAGGAGCAGGAACCCAAUAAGGAGGACUCGGCGUUUCUACCGAGAUUGGUGGCCUACUGUUCCACGGAGUCGCACUCGUGCGUGGAGAAGGCGGCGAUGAUAAGCCUGGUGAAACUCCGAGUGCUCGAGCCGGAUGACAAGGCCGCGUUACGUGGCAAACGGCUCGAAUUAGCCAUCAAGGAGGACGUGGAGAACGGUCUCGUGCCAUUCUAUGUGUCCGCCACUCUGGGUACCACUGGCUCCUGCGCCUUCGACAAUCUCGUGGAGAUCGGACCUGUGUGCAAGUUGUAUCCCAAUAUCUGGCUACACGUGGACGGCGCUUACGCCGGUAACGCUUUUAUCUGCCCGGAGAUGAGACCGUUCAUGGACGGCAUCGAACAUGCCGAUUCGUUCAACACGAAUCCCAACAAGUGGUUGCUGGUGAACUUCGACUGCUCCUGUCUGUGGGUGCGCAAUCGAGUGAAGCUCACAUCAGCGCUGGUCGUCGAUCCACUCUAUCUUCAACACGCUCGCUCGGGCGAGUCGAUCGACUACCGUCACUGGGGUAUCCCGCUAAGCAGACGAUUUCGAGCGUUGAAGCUCUGGUUCGUUAUGAGAUCGUACGGCAUCAGCGGCUUGCAGAAGUACAUUAGGAAUCACAUAAGGCUAGCCAAGAGAUUCGAGGCGCACAUGAAGAAAGACAAGCGCUUCGAAAUUUUGAACGAUGUGCGAGUCGGCCUGGUGUGCUUCCGAUUGAAGGAGAGCGAAGAGAUGAAUCAGGAGUUGUUAGCUAACAUUAACGCCUCCGGUCGGUUGCACAUGAUACCAGCUCGUGUGAUGGGCAAGUAUAUCUUGCGUUUCUGCGUGACAAAGGAGGAUGCGACCGAGGACGACAUCGAUUAUGCCCUUAGCGUGAUCGAGGAACAUGCUACGGAAGUGAUGCUGGCUCACUACGAGGGCACGGAGGACGAGUACAGAGCGAAGGGCCCGAAGAGUCCAAACGCUCUCGACAAGAAACUCGUACGGAAGUUCAGCUUCACCAGGAGCGUCACCAGAGACGUUUACAAAAGAUCUAUCUCCAAAUCUAGCCUACACGACGGCGCGACACCCAUUAUGGUCGUCGACGAUAACUCGCAAGUCGACCCCAUCGACGACGACCGUUUCUGUAAUAGCAGAUCGUGACGAUGUCGAUGACGGUCCCCAGCGCCGACUCGGGACGACGUAGAUGAUAAUAAAAAGGGCCCUCGCUACACGGCCGUGUGAUGCGAAACUCUGACGGCCCACCGUCGUCAAUUUACCGAUUCCCGAAGUCGCGUUUGUUGAUAAGGACCGACUAUCACCGAUUACAUCGCCACGUGAGUGUUUAGUCAAAUUAUUCGUCACCGAUUAAAUUCGCUAAAUACCACCGAAGACGAUCUCGCUCGUUUAUGAACGAUGGAUCGGUCGUAUAUUAUCUCGAGCACGAGUGAUUCUUCGUGGCAACAAAUUGCGUCAAUGGCACAUGAGCCAAGUUUUGCGAUAAAGCGUGAGAUUCUCAAGCACAUUUUAGACAGUCUGUAAUAAGCGACAGAAUUUGGCUUAAACAAUUUAAUUACGAACGCACACAUAUAAUG